AUGGGAAGUGGGCACCAAGGCUUUCUCAGAGAUUGUGCGAGGGCGAUCUCCGAGAAAGACUCCAGCAAAAUCCAUCACCUUCUAUGGAUGUUAAACGAGCUUGCAUCUCCUUAUGGAGAUUGUGAUCAGAAAUUAGCAUUUUAUUUCUUGCAAGCCCUCUUUUGUAAGGCAACAGAAUCUGGCCAAAGAUGCUACAAAACCCUUACCUCAGUUGCUGAAAAGAGCCACUCUUUUGAUUCUGCUAGGAAGUUAAUACUAAAGUUCCAAGAGGUAAGCCCAUGGACAACUUUUGGUCAUGUAGCAUCAAAUGGGGCAAUAUUGGAGGCCUUAGAAGGAGAGAGCAAACUUCACAUAAUUGAUAUAAGCAAUACCCUUUGCACUCAAUGGCCUACUUUGCUAGAAGCCUUGGCCACAAGAAACGACGAGACGCCACAUUUGAAGCUUACUGUUGUGGUAACUGCUAGCCUCGUAAGGUCAGUCAUGACCGAGAUAUCCCAAAGAAUGGAAAAAUUUGCAAGAUUAAUGGGAGUUCCCUUUGAAUUUAGGGUAAUAAGUGGGUUAAAUCACUUGGGAGAGCUCACAAAAGAGGGACUAGGUGUUCAAGAAGAUGAAGCUAUUGCAGUUAAUUGCAUCGGAGCCUUAAGAAGAGUAGAAGUGGAACAAAGGGCGACCGUGAUUCAAAUGUUCCAAUCGCUUCAUCCUCGAGUCGUGACAGUUGUUGAAGAAGAAGGUGACUUCUCAAGCUCUAGAAAUGACUUUGUGAAGUGCUUUGAAGAGUGUCUUAGAUUCUGUACACUAUAUUUCGAGAUGCUAGAAGAGAGCUUUGUCCCAACUAGUAAUGAGAGGUUGAUGUUGGAAAGAGAAUGCUCAAGAAGCAUAGUUAGGGUUUUGGCUUGUGAGGAUGAUAUUGGUGGGGGAGAUUGUGAGAGAAGAGAGAGAGGAAGCCAAUGGUCCGAGAGGCUCAAGGAGGCCUUUACGCCAUUCGGGUUUAGCGAGGAUGUUGUUGAUGAUGUUAAGGCACUGCUGAAGAGGUACAGAGCUGGAUGGUCACUUGUGCUAGCUCAAGGAGAUAACUCAGGAAUCUACUUGGCAUGGAAAGAGGAACCCGUAGUAUGGGCUUCAGCAUGGAAACCCUAAAACUGGUCAGUAAAGAAAUCAGCCAUUCGCUCUCAACUCAAGCUUAGCAAGGCAUUUAUUUGAUGUUUUUAGACGCCAUGAACAACUGAACAUAGAGAGAGAGAGAGAAAGAGACUUGUUUUCCUCUUUUGUUCUUCUACUUCUUCUUCAUACACAAUUGUGUGUAUUUUAGGGACCAACUUUUCU